CCUACAUCCUGCUACCCACCACUGCCUGUGUCCCACCAAGGAUGGAGGCCAUCAAGAAGAAGAUGCAGAUGCUGAAGCUGGACAAGGAGAACGCCCUGGACCGGGCAGAGCAGGCGGAGGCUGAGCAGAAGCAGGCGGAGGAGCGCAGCAAGCAGCUGGAGGACGAGCUAGCUGCCAUGCAGAAGAAGCUAAAGGGAACAGAGGAUGAACUGGACAAGUACUCUGAGGCCCUGAAAGAUGCCCAGGAGAAGCUGGAGCUGGCAGAGAAGAAGGCGGCGGACGUACGAAAACAAUGGUGCGAGCGGUGCAGGGUUUCACCCAGCGGCGGCUCUCCUGCCAUCACGAGGCAUGAGGCUCUGCUCAUCACCUGUCAGGACCUGGCAGCCCUUGUGGGGCCGGGAUGUCUCGGGGUCCAGCGUCAGAGCGAUGCAGCCCAGCUCUGA